AUGGCUGCUGAGCUCACUUCCACGAAGCUCAACGCUGAGAGUCACUUGAUCCUGGACCAACCGCUCCUUCGACUCCCUCAUGAACUCGCGCGAAGAAAUUUUAAAACCGUACAACGCGUUGUUGAACGAGAAAAGGAAUAUGUGCUUCCUGCCCUCAAAGAAGCGGCGAAUGCUUCACUCUCCAACACGCAUACCCCCGACCAGACCCUUGCGGCACUCGAUGCUAUGAUAUCUCGAAUGCAAGGGUUGAAGCGGAAGAUGGAAAGUUUGCAAGAGGAAGAGCGACGAAUUCAGACCCAAUCCCGUAAACGAAUCCAGCAUCUCGAGGCCUUACACAAUAUUCCAAGUUUGGCAGAUGUCAAGUAUGAUCAAUGGUCUCGGGUGCGGCUGGAUCGUUUGCUGGUCGAUCAUAUGUUGCGAUCGGGGUUCUCAGAGAGUGCGAAGCAGCUUGCCGAAGAACGAGACAUCGAAGGCCUUGUAGACCUGGGAGUGUUCACUCAGUGUCAACGCGUUGUUGAGAGUCUCCGCCGAGGAGACACCAAAGAAGCAUUACAAUGGUGUGGAGAAAACAAAGCAGCGUUGAAAAAGAGCAAGCACAACCUUGAAUUUGAGCUCAGAUUGCAGCAGUACAUCGAGAUGGUUCGAACGCAGGAUCGAACGAAGAAGCUGGAGGCUAUCUUACAUGCGAGAAAAUACUUAACUCCCAAUCAUGAAUCCCAGAAUAAUGAAGUCAUGCGGGCAGCAGGAUUGCUUGUCUUUAGCCAGGACACUCGGGCAGAGCCAUACAAGGCAUUGUUUUCUCAGGACAGAUGGAAGGUUCUUUCUGAACUCUUCGUCAAGACUCAUCAUGAGCUCCUCUCCCUACCCUCACAGCCUCUCCUACACAUUGCUCUUUCUGCAGGGUUGUCGGCGCUCAAGACCCCCUUAUGCCAUUCCGCUUAUACGUCAUCCAGUUCCAACUCACAGUCGACAAGCACAUCGGUAUGCCCGAUCUGCUCGACAGAACUGAAUGACCUCGCCCGUAAGAUGCCAUAUGCUCAUCAUUCCAAGAGCUAUGUGGAAGGCGACGCAAUUGUGCUACCCAACGGUCGAGUCUACGGAAAGGCAAGACUGUUGGCGAUCAGCAAGAAUCUUGGGGCCGUUGAGGCUGGCAAGGUCAAAGAUCCGACAACGGGCGAGGUCUUUGACGAAAGCGAUAUGAAGAAAGUCUACAUUUUGUAA